AUGAGUGAAGGAAUUACUGAGUAUUAUGGUGGAUCUGGAGUAGCAAUGGCUGGUAAAGAUUGUUUAAUUAUUACAGGAGAUAAGCGAAUAGGUAAUAGAUUUCUUACUAUUGGAACUAAAAAAUCAUCUAUUAAAAUAAUUAAUAAGAGAUGUUUAAUCUCAAUGAAUGGGUUUUUACCGGAUAUUCAAUACUUAUUUGGAAAGAUUGAAGAGCAUGUUGAAUUAUUUCAACUUACUGAAAACAGAUCUAUUGAUGUUUAUGAACUAGCAAAUAUGAUUUCUUAUAUUCUUUACAGUUUUCGAACACAACCUAAAUACGUUGACCCCAUAGUUGUUGGAUUAACAGAUAAUAAUAAACCUGUAUUGAUUCAAAUGGAUUGUGUGGGCUGUAAGACUACUACCGAUACUUUUGUUGUUGCUGGAACUGCUCAUAAAAAUUUGUCUGGUAUGUGUGAGGCUCUAUAUAGAGAAGGAAUGGAUUCUGAAGAGUUAUUCGAAAAUACAAUGCAAGCAUUUUUAAAUUCAUUAGAUCGAGAUGCAUUAAGUGGUUGGGGUGCUGAGUGUUACAUUUUAACGCCUAAUGGAAUUGUAAGAAGGGAAGUAAAAGGGAGAAAUGAUUAA